AUGAUUGAAUACCUGAUCGCCACGGUCGUGGCCUAUGUUGGCUGGUGUAUGGUCUGCCUGGAGCUUAACUACAGAAGGGCUUCCUCAAUGGGAAUACCACUCAUCCGAGUGCCUGUCGACUACCUAAAUGUUCCUUUCCAGGUCAUCGAGCCCCACAUCUUCACCAUCAUCGAUUUACUUCCUGCAUCAAUAGUGAAACGAUUGCCGACAUUUGUUCCAUACAUGCGUCGAGGAUGGUUCUUCCACGCGAAAGCUAACCCGCACGUGCGCUACGGUCCUGCAUUCGCGCUCGUCACUCCCCGAACGAUAUGGAUGCAAGUAUGCGAUUCGGAAGCAGUGCACGAGAUUUUCACGCGGCGAUCAGACUUCUUGCGUCCGCAGGAAAAUUACAAACUCCUUGAAGUAUACGGUCCUUGUGUCGCUUCGACAGACCUAAAGGACUGGCCGAGACAUCGGAAAGCCCUUGCCGCACCGUUCAAUGAAAGCAUCAUGAAGUUUGUUUGGAGCGAGUCGUUGAGCCAAGCAAAGCAGAUGGUGGCAUCGUGGACUACAUCUACCGCCGCUGCCGACGGCAUAAUUAGUGUCGCUCAAGAUACACGAAUACUGUCUCUCAAUGUCCUCGCGGCGACCGGAUUCCGACGCUCAUUUGACUUUAAAUCAUCAAGUGGAGCUGCCGCGUCAUUAGAUACAGCAUCAUCCUACCGCGAUGCUCUUGCAACGGUGCUGGACAACAUUAUUGUCCUCGUGUUGCUCCCACGCCGAUUCUUGUCUCAUCCGCUCGUCCCAAAGUCAUUACAGCGCGUUGGCAAAGCUGCAGAUGAUUUUCAACAUCACAUGGAGCAGAUGCUUGAGGAGGAGAUGACAGCAUUUGAGCAGGGCACUCAAGGUGCAGGAAGUCUGAUGACAUCUUUUGUCCGAGCUGCAAACACACACGAAACCAAGACUGAUGGCUCUCAAAUUCAGGGACUCUCCAUAGAAGAGGUAUAUGGUAACAUGUUCCUCGUCAACUUCGCUGGACACGAUACUACAGCCAAUACAUUUGCAUUCAGCAUACUUUUGCUCGCAACGUCGCCGAAAGUACAGGACUGGCUUGCUGAAGAGAUCUGCGUUGUGACUCCCGACACGGAAGAUUGGGACUAUAACAUACCAAAUACCGAGCCCCAGCGACUCCAGAUUGGAGAUCGCACGAUCGUUGUACCAGCAAACACCAACACAUACCCCAAUGUCGUCGCAAUCCAGACCCACCCGCAAUACUGGCCAGAUCCAUUAGAAUGGAAGCCCGAUCGAUGGGUAACGACUGAAAGUGGCGAAGAAGUGCUCAUUACUCCUCCACGUGACACUUUCCUUCCUUGGUCGGAUGGCCCACAGAAUUGCCCGGGCGUCAAGUUCGCGCAAGUCGAGUUCGUUGCAGUUUUAGCUUUGAUCAUGCGUCGGCAUCGAUUAAGGAUUCAGCGGGAGCUUGGUGAGACUGAGGAGCAAGCUCGGACGCGUGUUCAUAAGGUGCUCAAUGACUGCGAUUUCCAGCUGCUGUUGCGUAUUAGAGACGCCACUCAAGUACGGUUAAUCUGCGAACCUAGAUAA